ACCAGGAAGUGAGACAGUCGGCGUAUGCUGUCAUGUACAGUGUGAGCGAAAUCGGCUCUCACGGAACAAGUGUUUGGCGUUGAUGUUCGCUCAAUGGGACAUCAAUUGAGAAUGGAUUCUUGACAACUCCAACACAGUGUGGUAUUCUAUUGGUGUACAUUCAAGAAGUAAGAAUUAAGAACUGAGUGCUCGACAAUGAUGUCAGAAUGCGACCCGACAGGGACCUCGGAGCCUGCGUUGGACACCGAGACAACCGCGGUUUCGCUACCGGAGUCCAAUUCCCUCAACGUACAUCCUUCAAGGGUGUUAUUUGACAAGAGCACGCCGGGCUCGGGGCUCCAAUCUAACCCCGGCUUUGCCGUUCGAAUUUCGGACUCGUACGAGAGCGUCUUGACUGAGCUCGAGGCAGAAGGCUCCGGCGAAGACGCGUUGCUGUUGCCGUGCGUUGCUGGAAGCUCGUCCCCACCUAAAAGUGCCCGAGACAAGAGCAGGCUGAGCAGACUCAGCUCGUCGUCGGAUAGAGACACGUUAGCCUCGCCAGGCAUCAACAAUGGGGACAUCAACCACUUCCCAGAUGAUCCUGAGUUUGCGGAUAUUAUCCAAAGGGCUGAACAAGCCAUUGAGGGUGGUGUCUUUCCAGAGAGGAUUUCGCAGGGCUCCAGUGGGAGUUACUUUGUUAAAGACCCAAAAGGGAAAGUCAUCGGUGUUUUCAAACCAAAGUCAGAGGAACCCUAUGGUCAUCUGAAUCCCAAAUGGACCAAAUAUUUUCACAAGCUCUGCUGUCCAUGUUGUUUUGGGCGGGGCUGCUUGUUGCCAAACCAGGGUUACCUCUCAGAGGCUGCUGCUUCGCUAGUUGACAGCAAACUGGGCCUUGGUGUGGUGCCAAAAACCAAGGUGGUGUAUUUGGCCAGUGAGACCUUUCAUUACAGUGCCAUAGACAGAGCCAAAUCCAGAGGGAAGAAGUACGCUUUAGAGAAGGUGCCCAAAGUCGGACGACGCUUCCACAGAGUGGGCCUGCCACCAAAGGUGGGCUCAUUUCAACUGUUUGUGGAAGGUUAUCGUGAGGCCGACCAUUGGCUGAGGCACUUUGAAGCAGAACCCCUGCCAGAGAACAUCAGAAAACAGCUACAGUCACAGUUUGAGCGGCUGGUGGUGCUGGAUUAUGUAAUCCGAAACACAGAUCGAGGAAACGACAACUGGUUGAUCAAGUAUGAGAAACCAGGCGAGUGCGACGGACCAAAGGAUUCAGAAUGGCAGGAGAACAGUUCCCAGCCUUGCAUCAAGAUCGCAGCCAUUGACAAUGGCCUGGCCUUUCCCUUCAAACACCCUGAUGAAUGGAGAGCCUACCCCUUUCACUGGGCGUGGCUCCCCCAGGCCAAAGUGGCUUUCUCCCAGCAGACCAGAGAGCUGGUGCUGUCCCGCCUCUCGGACAUGAACUUUGUGCAGGACCUCAGUGAGGAUCUCUAUGAGAUGUUUAUGAGCGACAAAGGUUUUGACAAGACCAUGUUUGAGAAACAGAUGUCCGUCAUGAGAGGCCAGGUAUUGAAUCUCACCCAGGCUCUUAAGGAUGGCAAGAGCCCUCUACAGCUGGUGCAGAUGCCUCGCGUAGUAGUGGAGCGGAGCCGGUCAGGUGGCCAGGGCCGAGUGGUAACCUUGGGCAACGCCUUCACUCAGACCUUCCACUGCAAGCGACCAUUUUUCUCCUCUUGGUAGAGAGGGAACAUCAGCCACUGGUGUUUUAGGUUCCAUCAGGGAAUGUUUUGAAGAAGUAGGAUGAAGAAUGUUUUUUCAUAACGCUGGUUGUGAUGGAAAUGUGUGAUCAGCAUAUGACCGCUUGAGAGGAUGACAUUCCAUUGUUUCCGAGAGAGACUGGGCCUAUAUGGGGUUGUCAGGGUUACUUGAUUGGAUAAUCAGCGUGAAUGGGCUUUGUUUUUUGCGUCAAUCACAAUUAUCCUAUUCACAGAUUUUACAAGUGGGUCAAAGGACUAAAAAGAACAGUGUACAACACCUCUGUGGUCCGCAGAUGUUUGACAUUCUAAGUAAAAUAAUGGGCAUUUCUAGAAAAAAAAACAUCAAAAAAUCGUCUCUUUGCCUUGUAUGGAGACUUACUGAGAUUUGAGAAUUACCGGUACAGUAUAUGAUAGUGUCACCAAAAUUGAUUAACCCAACGUUCCUUUCCCAAAUUUAUUGAACAUACACAAAGCCAGUGUCACCAACCAUUACAGUACUACUGCCAAACCCUUGUCUUCAAAAGGACUCUUGAAAAGCCUCAAGAAAAAAAAAUACUCUUAUUGAAACUUGAAUUUAAGCCUGGGCGGAAGAGGAAGACGACUUGGAAUAACCAUAUUGCUUGAAUGUAAUGUUUACUCUUUGUACUCUUGUUCUAAUACAUUUCACAGGGAGUGAAUGCUGUCAAAAACAAUCUCACAACACUGAAUGUAUUUGUUCUUUGACAUGUAUUUAUUUACCUCACAGCAUGGAGAGCCGCACCACUGUCACCCCUCUGCGACUUAUUGUUUAAAGAAAGUCAAAGCUGUGUAUGUAUGCUUCUUGACAUUUUUAUUCCAACAUGAUUGUAUGAGCAGAGUUGUAUAUUUAACAAAAUUAAUAAGAUCUGGGAGCAUUU